GCCAGAGAAAACGACAAAAUACACCUCACACGUCACAGACGCACACACACUCCUCAUCGCGCAUCUGAUGUGAGUAAGGCGGGCUCUGCUGCUCGGGCGGAAGGCCUCUCUGCUCGUUCUGCGGAGACUGCAGCGCCUCACGCUACAUGUUCUUCCUCCGCGAAGCUCCGUGAGUGCUGUGAUGUGAAUAUCAAUGAUGAUACAUGAGCCAAUGCGCUCAUUCUCGUCGUCUCCAUAAAUCUGAAAGUUUGACAGAAAGCAGCAUGGCGGAGCUUCCUGCUGACCAGGACACGGCGAAAGAACAAGAGAGUGAUGCGACGCAGAAUCGUCUGUCAGUGGCUCUGUGGAGCAGAAUGUUGAGAGCAAGCAUCACUGCUGGAGCAUUUCUCCUACUUUAUACAUUCUCUCAAGUUACAGGUUUGUGGGUUCUUUACAUGCUGAAUGGAUACAGAGCUUUUCCAGCUGCACAUAAGGCGCUAGACCUCCUCCAAUACCUUCUAUCAACUACGGACUCCUCUGACCAACAGAUGGAAAUUUGGAGAAUUGAGUGUGUGUGUCCACUUUUAGCAACACUGUUCCUUGGAGUGGUGAUCCUUGGCGCUGGAGCAUUGUUCUGCAUUAGAAUUUUGGUGCCAGGAAGUUCCACUGGCUUCCCUGAUGACCGUCGUCAAUCUAUGAGCAGACAGCCAUCCUUCACAUACUCAGAGUGGACUGAUGUUAAGCAGGAUGACUUCUAUGAACUUGAUGCAGUUCCAGAGACACCUGUAUUUGACUGCUUUAUGGAUAUGAAGACAGAAAGUGACCCCACAACUCUCACAGUCAAACCUGUGGGCCUGCAAGAAAGGAGAGGCUCAAAUGUGUCUCUGACUUUGGAUAUGUGCACUCCUGGCACCACUGAGCCAUAUGGCGCACUGUUGUCUCCUCGAGAGCAAAGUGCACAAGAGUACCUGGAGAAUGCAUCAAAUCUUCUCACACCUGGACAGCUACAUGAGCGUGCUUUGGACGACGCUUCACUACAAGCUGAGUUCUAUGAGACGCCUAUGAACUUUGUGGACCCAAAGGAAUUCAAUAUCCCAGGUGUCGUGAGGAAGAAUCGUUACAAAACUAUCCUGCCAAACACACACAGUAGAGUUUGCCUUCAAUCAACAGAGGAUGACUUUCUCAGCACUUACAUCAAUGGCAACUAUUUGAAGGGCUAUGGUGGGAAGGAGAGGGCAUACAUUGCCACACAGGGUCCAACUGUAAACACAGUAGGAGAUUUCUGGAGGAUGGUUUGGCAAGAACACUGCCCAAUCAUUGUCAUGAUUACAAAUCUUGAGGAGAAAAAUGAGAAAUGCGCAGAAUACUGGCCAGAAGACACUGUCAUCUGGGAAGGCAUUCAGAUCACUGUCAAACAAGUUAUCCAGGCAGAUGACUACAGUUUGAGGAUCUUCACUGUGAAGUUUGAGGAUGAGGAGCGCAAUCUCAGGCACUACUGGUACACAUCAUGGCCAGAUCAGAAAACUCCAGACAAAGCCCCGCCUCUUUUACAACUGGUUCAAGAAGUAGAGGAAGCAAGGAAAAAGGCUGCACCUGAUAGUGGCCCCAUCAUUGUUCACUGCAGUGCAGGAAUUGGCCGCACCGGCUGCUUUAUUGCCACUACUAUCCUGUGUGAGCAGCUGAGACGUGAAGGAGUGGUGGACAUCUUGAGAACAACCAGCCAGCUGCGUUUGGACAGGGGGGGCAUGAUUCAGACAGCGGAGCAGUACCAGUUUGUGCAUCAUGUGCUCAGCCUGUAUGAGAGGCAGCUGAGUCAGAGAUCAGAAGAAUAGCGUCUCCAGCAGCCAACCCGAUGAGUCUAUGAGUCUGUCAACACUUCACAUCUGCCAGCACCAGACCUGAGCCAAACAUGAAUACAUUCUUCUUGUGACUGACUGUAUUACACUAUUGUGUAUCAUUGUGUGCAGCUGAAUCUACAAGACAUUAACACAGGACUUUUACACAGUGUUGUUCUCUGUCUUUAAGCUUAAUUUAUGUUGGUUAAUAAGGCAUCACAGAAAACCCAGGCAUAGUCUAAAUGAGUGAUUAAUGUUAAAAAAGCCCCUACCUUUCUCUUAUAACAUUUAAACUACACCACUAUUUACCUUGGCCAUUUGCUUAAAUAUUCCAGUGUCAGAGAUACAACAAUAUUUUUAAUAUUAACUGUCAAAAUGCAGCAUGGAGCCUAUCUUCCUGGAAAGGUGGUAAGCAAUGCUACAACUGUUUUGAUAGCAUUUCCAGAACUGCUCUGAAGUGCCUUAAAACUGGAUACUGCCCCCUAAAUCAUAUACAUUUGAAAUACAAUGUAGAAUAUUUCAUUUUUUUAUAUUUGUUAAAGCCUGUAGCACUAUGACAUAUCUAACCAAAUUUUUUGAAAAUUUUCACGAAUUUAAAUUGUAAGCCAGAUUAAAGAAGUGUUACACCCACCGAAAUCGGAUGUCUAUAUCAGAUAUGAAGAAUUGGGAAAGUCCAGACAUGCUAUAAUUUUUAAGUUUUGCAUUGAAUACUCAAGCAGUUAAGAUUAGCGCUGAAAAGUUAAAUAUUACGCAAAAAUGCUUAAUGUUCUGUUUUAUUUUUAUUAUCAUUUUUAUUUAUAUUAUUAUGUGUAUUUAUUUGCCCUGUGUUUUCUGUUAUUAACUUACAUAUGGUGAAGCAUGGCCUAAUCAGUGUGGAAGUGUUCCAGUAAAUAGGUAUAAAACAUGGCUACUGUUUGCUUCUGAAGUACUAUAUGUUCUGCCCAUUGUUAGCUAUGUAUAUUGUUAGCACUCACCUAUUUCUGUAUCAGUCUGAGAGAGACUGUUCAUGCUGCCACCAUGCUUAACACAUAAGGAAGUAUAACAAUGAAGUGAAAGUUGGUUGAUAAACUUCACCUUUGUGAAAAUUAUUAUUUUUUUAUAAGUGGGGUAAAUACACCUCUCUGUCUCACAAUAUGAAUUUCAUAAGCAAGACUGAGAUAGCCCUAAAAAGAGCUUUCAUACAAAUUACGGUACAUUAUAGAGACACACAAAUAGUUUAAGAAAACAAACCCUUUAUAAAUGUAUUUUAUGCUGUCCAUAUUGUAAAGAAACUGAAACAAAAGAAACACCCUUGACAACUAUUAGCCAGACAUCCAAACUGUGUUGUUUUUGUUGAUGAUGUUGUUGGCAUUGCAGUUUCUUUUGUUUUUGUUUUUUUGUUUUUUUUGGGGGGGUUUUUUUGUUUGUUUUAGGAAGGAAAAUUUGCCAUGCUGCUAUAUCCACAACACAUCCACAACUUUACCCAUUAUUACAUUGGAGCAUCAUGUUAAGAGGAAGCUUUUCAGCAACAGGAAAAGUCUUAUCAGGAUGGUUUAGAAGAUGGUGAUUAUGAUUGUGGUGGUGAUGGUAAGCAUACACAGAAUUACCAAAUUCUGUAACCAGAUAUCCAGCAAUGUCUUUUUUUAUAUUUCUACAUUUAAGUAUUUUUAAGUCUUAAAAGUUCACUUUAAUUUAGGUGAACACAUACAGUAUGUGGUUUAUGGUAGUACGUUUACCAGAGCUCAUGCAUUUUUAUGUGUGUGAGAAAUUUUCUUAAAUUGUUGUCAUUUGGCUACAAAACUGUGUGGCCCAUGGAUCCACUGCUCAGUAUUUCUGGUUCUCUUCUUUUUAGUGUACAUUUAGAGGCGUAUUAUUGCCUUGUUUACUUAAUUCAGUGCAUCCUCAGUGUUAAGUGUUGUGCAAUAUUAAUUGCACAGGCUAUAAUGUGAUGAAUUAAGAAAAUAAGUAAGGCAGCCACUUUAUUAGGUACUAUUCUAUUGCUUGUUAACACAAAUAGCUAAUCAGCCAAUCACAUGGCUGCCGCAACGUAGAGGUGGUCAAGACAACUUGCUG